AUGACCAUCAACAGCUAUGCUAUCGCUGCCCAGGCAAACAUGUUCAUCGCAAUGGAAAAUUCAUGCGAGCCCUGGAUGCUUCUUUCUCUGAUGUCUCGUUGCAUGAAGACGUAUCCAUUGAUGGAUGACAAUCAUGGCCAGCCAGCGGCCCAGCAGGGAGAGGGAUGGCAAAGAUCCGACGUCCGCCCUCAACCAAAGAAGGUCGGUAGUAGAGAAUUGCCAGUUUUUGCAGAUACGGACUCCUCAUUUUUGAAUUUUCGCAAAAAGAGAGUUUCCCUAUGGAUACGCCACGCCACGUGCGGCUGCUACGGGAAUGGUGACUGUUCACCAAGUAAUACUCGUAAUGUACUGUACGAAGCCAAUCCUCAGAUGUGAAUCCAUCUCCGCACUCGUACCAUACCGAUACCGCCACGAGGUUACAGUAAAGUUACCACAGAAUAUCCAUCUCUGGAUAUCCAAAAUGGACAAGCUGCAUGAGCACGUACUAGAGCCGUACUCGGCAUCCUCUUUGUGGAUUGAGAUAGGACAUUCAGUUCUGUACCUGCAGCCAACGAACGUCCUGGAUCGUUGGUGCUUUGCUCAAGAAUGCUCAGAUCAUCGUGGUGGUCCAGGCCGAAGGCGCACAACAUCUUGCAUCCUUACCGAGCAUCGCAUCGCCAAAUCCUGAGCAAACACCAAACCAUGAUCCUUUGCAUCUGUCCGUAGCGGACGAACAUACCAAAGUGAUACUCUGACACAAGAAACAACCAUCACCGCAAACGAAAUGUUUCCGCUCCGGACGAAAGCAGAAGGUGGAAAAUGAGGAUUUCCCAAGAGUGAUGGGACCUGCAUCGGCGGCCUCUGGGCUGUACUGUACCCGACGGUACCUACAGUAGAUUCGACAGAGCACCCACUCAGGGGUAGGCACUCGGCAAAGAAACGUGACCGGGAAGAAAAGGAAGUCAGGGCGAAUGGCGAGUGACGGUACAGGUGGUGACAUGGGAGGACCCGGUCACACUGCAUGUGUACCUGUGUGUACCUGUUUGAUCAUCAACAUCUCAGGAGUCUGAAACUCGCCUUCAGAUUGCACGUUCACUGACUUCCCCAGGGCCCAACUCGACUAGAGAGGGCGCUGACGAAGCAAGGGAAAUGGCUGUUGUGCUGGUAGACUCACAGGAGAGCAAAAACAGGCGUAAAUGAAUGCGUGAUCGUCCCGCCUCGAGGCCACGAUUCAUCCUUUGGGACCCAGGACUUGCCUGACAAGAACCGGUUUUCCAGAACAGGCACCUUUCCGUCGUAUUUUCAAGAACCUCGGUCCCAAUCCAUCACAGACCACCAGUCAGCGUCAAUAAUCCCCGGCUAUUAUGGAGGUCUUCAAGUUCUUGGACUCUCGGAGACGAAGUUGGCGGUGAAAAAAGGGCUCCCCCACUAAGGGAAAAGUAUGUCGUUGCGAGAGCCUGCCCUCCGGAAAACCAUCCCAACUAGGCCAGCCAAAAGAGCAAGAUUCUGGUCGUUUCAAUUUCCCAAAACCAUCAACCUCUCGACUUUCAAAAUUCAAUUACAAAUGCCGAUAAGUGAAUAAUUCCCAUGAUGCCACUCGCUACGGAAACACUCCCAUAGCAGCACCAGUGCCCAACUACCCGCUGAAAAUUUGUAAUUUCAAGACUCGAGGGCUCAAAGAUCCACCUCUCAUGGAAAGAACUGCCAUGAUUCAUUCAUUCUACUCGCGAGUGCAACUGGGAAAAAGAGGUCCCGAGCGUAUCGCCGCAUCCUUCAACGAAAACUCCGUCCAUUGCCCGAAUGGGUCGAUUUAUUUUUGGAACACUCCAUCGAAACUAUCCGCUGAUCGGUACAGAAAUGAACCGCAGAAGCUCGCUUACACAGUUUCUUAUGCAGCCACAACUUGAAACAUGCAGCCAUUGCAGCCUCUUAUCGCCUGAUUGGACCAGACCUUCGUCAACGGAUUUCGUACUCCGCACACUACAACCCAUCUUUAGCCCGCAGGUCAGUGACCAUCUGGCGGUGCAUGACAUCCCAGCCGCUGAGAUCAGAAUCGUGACUUUCUUCAAUGAUUCUGGUCCACUGACGGCCCCUUCCAGAGACCUUCCAGGCAACUUUUGCCUUUCUACAGCAUCGCCAUGCUAUCCCCGGCCAUCAUCAUGGCCGGCGGCUCGUUGAAGAAUAUGUCGUGCUUUGAAGACCAACAACUUGGUUACACGUGAGGGAUUUGGAGUCGAGCGCGUCGCUGAGCUAUUUCCAGACGAGUUUGUUGUACACGAGCGCCAAAUAAUAUCCUCAGAUGCGCCUAAUUAUGCCAAUGAAUCCAAUCAAGACAUUUUUGUACUCUGGAUCAUCCCCACAAACAAAAAGGUUUUAAUUCAAGAUAACGCAGGUUUGUCCAGGCCCACGCACAAGGCGCGAACGUCUGGCAUGUCAAUUCCUGAAACAUGGCAGAUAGAGAAAACUCAUGACCUUUCAAUGAAAGUUUACCAAGCCUUGCCUUGAUUUCGAGAAGCGAGCAAAAUCAUCUGGGGCGCCACGCCUUUCUUCGGAGAAUUUCUCAUGGGCCACGAUUCUAAGGACGAUUACCAAAUGCGCACAGCGCACUUUUUCGUCAUUCCCUGGGUACACGAUGCAAAAAUUGUGGAUGUCUCGCUGAAGAUGAAACACUACCAUAAUGAAGGCGGUCUUCUCGCUUCUCGCCUGUCUGGUUGGGGGAGGCACCAGGAGGCUCAAGGCAUGGUAAUCCGGGUUGCUCACCAUUUUAAGUGGGUUUAUGUUUUUGAGAUGCCCAACCGAAAACGAGGAAACAAAGAUCAUGAAAAUUGUCCGUUUAAAAAGGGGUCUGUCUGA